AUGGCUGAGGUGCUCCCUGCUCACUUGCCUGACGGCCAGUCGUACUUUUCGCCUGCUCCUCUGCGUCGCUCCUCUCCGUCCCUGCUGGUGGGCUCGCCCACCUACACCUCGCCGCCGUCGACCCGCCAGCCGAAGUUCCCCAGCCUGGACCAACGCACCGACCGUACCCCGUCCAUCAUCGUGGCGUCUCCGCCGUCCAUCGCGUCACCUGUCAACCUCAACGAGUGUGACCGGUCCAUCAAAUCCUUCCGCCCUAACGACGGGGUCCGCGCCGUACCCGAGGUGCAGUCGGAUCCGAAGGUGCACGACAACGCCGAUGACAACAACGAUGACGACGACGACGAAGCCAUUGCCUUCCCCUCGUACGACAUCGACGGCCGUCAGGACGAUGACAACAGCUCCAAAGCGGAUACGUACCCCACACCACCCUCCGGCAGCGAUUCCAUAAUUUCGACAAACACAUCUUCCACCCCCGAACCCCUGCCUGUGUCCGAAGACGAUUCUGCCAUCAAGCCCGAGCCUACCCGCCAUGUCGAUUAUCUUUCGCAUGACUGGAGAGAAGAGGACAUUUGGUCCUCAUGGCGUCACAUCACCACCAACCGCAAGACCUACGGCCAAAGAUCGCGGCUAGAGAACGCAUCAUGGCGGACCUGGGCGAAAGCGAAGUACCGGUUACGCACCGUGUCACCCGAGACUCUCAACUGGCUCAAGGAUUGCGACGUGACGUGGUUGUACGGUCCAUUGCAAACAUCGUCCUACACUCCUCUUACCCAUCCCGUUUCGGAAGCUGGGAGUAACAUGAUCUCGAAGAACAACUCAUUCAUCAACAAAAAGCCGAUUCUCAAGAAGCGGAGCAUGUCGGAAGUCAUGCUACAGCGUUCGAUAUCGAACUCAUCACUCGUCAAACAGGCUGCCGCUGCGGUGCAGGCAGAACGCAGCGGUGCUCCAGCGCUUCGCACCCGGCCAAGUUACGGACGCUCAACCUCGGACUACGUCACCACCCCGUCAAUCCCGUCAAAGAGCACAAGUAGAGAAGCUACGGAUUUCACCUCGCAAUCAACGUCUGGUCUUCACACUCCCGGGGACGGCGAAAGGAAGCACAUUCGGUUUGAUGACAAGGUGGAGCAAUGUAUCGCGGUUGAGUGCAAAGAUGCGGAUGAUGACUACGACGAGGACAGCUGGACCAACGAAGAUGACGAUUCCUCGUCGGACGACGGGCUUGAGAUCAGGACGAAGCCGAGGCGAUUAUCGCGAACCAACUCGAAAACUAACUUCGGAGCUGAGAACAAGACGAUCCAAAAACUGCCCGAUACGACGCUAAAAUAUCGGGUCGAUUCGCCGGAUGUUCCCGACCAUCCCCCGACUCAUUCCUUAGGCUUUUGGAGGUCGAGUCGACUUUCUCCCUCGCCGUCCCAGGAGACACUCAGGCCUUCGCGGCCGGCUAGUAAUUUCCUACUGGGUGAGGAUGACGACGAUGACGAGGAGUACUCGUGGGAGCCGUCGAACACAUUCUCUGGGCAACGAAGUAGCGUUUCGUUCAACCAGCGCUUUGGCCAAGACGAUGGCGAUGAGGGCGAAAGUAGCCAGUCGGGUGGACUGAGGCGAACACCGUCGGGCAUGUUUAUGCCGUACGAAGAGGACGAGGACGACAUUGUUGCCGCGGGCCUGUUUGGCAAAGUAGUAGACACGGUGAACACGGCGAAAGACAUUGCUCACGUCAUUUGGAACGUUGGGUGGCGCAGUUGA